AUGACUAGAAGCCGUGCCCGCGCCAACCCCGACCAAUACACCAUCAUUCCAGCCCCUCUCAAAAUCGUCAAGAUCCUCGUUGACGAACUGCUCGCCAACAACGUUUCGCGUAGUGUCGAAACGCUGGCCCCAGCCUCUGAACUCGAANAAGCAGAAUCCGUCGGUAGUGGCGACUCGGAUUGGGAAGACGACGACGGGUUCUUGGAUUUGGGUACUGGAAUGACUAAGGAGGCUUUGAUGGGGAUGGUUGCGGAUGAUAUGCCUAGUAGAAGCAGAGAUGAUGAGACACAAGCAUAUCUGUUGGAGUGGUUUGCCAGUAAGGCACAGGAAGAUGGGUUUGGACAGGUGUUUGGACAGUUGAAUGCUGCCGAGCAAGAGAAGCUGAGGUCGAUGGCGUAA